CUUCUUUUUGGGUCAAACGGUCGAUGCCUUAGCACGUCUACCGAGUGAUUUGAUUCCAACCGAGACACAUCACAAACGACCCUCCCGUCGAAGCAAACCAGCAAUCUAGAAACCUCCGUCACCAGACAAAACCGAAACACCUUCAUUUCCAUAACCAAAUUCUUCCGGAAUUCAGCCGUCCUAUAAAUAACAUCCCCCACCCACAUCAAAACUCCAACAGCUUUCUAUCCGAUCACAUCCAGAUCACCGGCGACAUCAUCAAUGGCCUCCCGCUAUGAGAUCGAGGUCACGAUCCGGUCUGCUCGCAACCUCAAGAACGUGAACUGGCGAAAGGGCGAUCUCCGCCCCUACGCCGUCGUCUGGAUCGAUUCCUCCCCAAAAAGCUCCACCAAAGUCGACAUCGAUCACGACACCGAUCCCGAAUGGGACGAGAAGCUGAUAAUCCCCCUUCCCCCAAAUCUCUCUCUCCGCGACGCUACUCUCUACAUCGACAUCGUCCAUGCCGACGCCGAUGAGGGUGUUAAGCCGCUCGUCGGAUCAGCCCGCCUUCCCCUUUCUGAGGUCGUUGACGACAUCGGCAUCGGCGGGAAGCUCGAUCGGACUCUCAAGCUUAAGCGCCCCUCCGGUCGCCCACAAGGUAAGCUCGAUAUCCGCGUAGCCGUUAAGGAACAACCUAGGUAUUACGAUCCCUACGCUCCGCCGCCUCCUUCGUACGGACAGACCUAUGGAUACCGUGAAUCCCGCGACCCCUAUGGCUACGCGCCGCCUCCCGCGGGUUACCCUUACGGUGGAUCUACCGUUCCUCCGUCAGGCUAUCCAUAUGGCGGGGGGGGCGCGGCGGGGGGGCGGGCGGGGGGGGCGGCGGGCUAUCCCUCCGGAGCCCCUCCGGCGGGGAACCCUUACGGAGGUUCCCAGCCAGGGUACGGACAGCCGGCGUACGGGCAGCCGGCUGCGGGGUCUGGGAAGCAGAGUUCGAAGUUUGGGGUGGGAACCGGAGUGGCUGUUGGAGCGGCGGCGGGGCUGCUAGGUGGUUUGGCUUUGGCGGAGGGCGUGGAUUUGCUGGAAGAUAAGAUUGCAGACGAUGUUGCCGAUAGAGUGGAGGAUGAUUGCUACGGCGAUGACUUCUAGCCGUGCGAUUGUUUGGAUGUGACGCAUGAGUAGAGAUGUUGGGAAUAAUUUAAACUUUGGAUGAGUGUUGCUUGCUUUGUUUAUUUACUUACAUGCGCGUCAGAUUUUAAUAUAAAUGUAGAUGCUUUUGCGAGUUUAUGCGAAGGAAAGUUAUAUGAAAUGAGAAUGCUAGAACGUUGUGAUAUGCUUCUUUUGUUGAA